AUGCUUGCAAGAAAGUUCACUAUACUGAAUCGAUGUUUAAUCAGAAACUUCGUAAGGUAUCAAUCAUCAUCUUUAAUAGGUGAAAGUUUCAUUACGAAAGAACAAAUAUCGAAUUAUUUAAAUAGCGAAACUUGGUCAGUUACACAGUAUACUCAAUUUGAUACUGAUUCAAAAGUUUCUGAUGAUACAGUUCUGAAAAUAUUAAAAUUAUCAGGUUUGCCAAAUGAAGGUAUUGAAGAUUCGGUUAAACUGAAAAUCAAAGAUAGGUUAUCUACACAAUUAAUAUUCAUUAAUAAAUUGCAUGAAGUUGAGUGCGAUUAUGAUAUAGACGACAAGUAUUCACGGAUAAUUCAAAGAAAUCCAAAACCGAUGACUUAUAAUGAAAUUAUGUUAUCUUUAAAAAAUACUGAAAAGGAUAGUAAAUUAGGUGAAAUUUCAGGUUCUUGGGAAGCCAACUAA